CUCAAACCUAUCGAUAUCCCCGGACGAAAGCUGGUUGCCGAUUACAAGCAUCGUUUUGGGCAUCAUUCAUGUUCAGAUUGAGGCUAGUAUUGCAAAUGCAGCAUCAAUGGCUCCUCCUGCCGCCGUUAGGGUUUACUCUACUACCGCUCCCACUUCUCCUUCGGAGGUUUCCGUCAAGAAAGUUGGUACUCACAAUGGAAGCUUUCACUGCGACGAGGCUCUCGGUUGCUUCAUGAUCCGCCUCUCCGACAAGUUCUCCGGCGCCGACAUCGUCCGUACGCGUGACCCUAAGAUAUUGGGAGAGCUAGAUGCAGUGCUUGACGUAGGAGGUGUUUAUGACCCCGACCAAGACCGCUAUGAUCAUCACCAGAAAGGCUUCCAAGAGGUCUUUGGACAUGGCUUCAACACCAAGCUCAGCAGUGCUGGUCUCGUUUACAAGCAUUUUGGAAAGGAGAUCAUAGCUAAGGAACUUAAAGUGGACCAAGAUCACCCUGAUGUUCUUCGCUUGUUUCUAGCUGUCUACAAGAGCUUCAUGGAGGCGAUUGAUGCUGUGGACAAUGGAAUAAAUCGGUAUGAUACUGAUAUGCCUCCAAAAUACGUGAACAACACACAUCUGUCUUCCAGGAUUGGAAGAUUAAAUCUGGAUUGGAUUGACCCUGACCAGUCACAGGAGAAGGAAAAUGAGGCUUUCCAGCGUGCCAUGGCUCUAGCUGGCAAAGAGUUCCUAGAAAGUGUAAGAUUUCAUACAAGGUCGUGGUUACCGGCUCGAUCAAUCGUUAUGCAGUGUCUCGAAGAAAGAUUCAAGACAGACCCAAGUGGUGAGAUCAUGGAAUUGAAAAGGUUUUGCCCUUGGAAGCUUCACUUGUUUGAGCUUGAGCAAGAGAUGAAGAUCGAACCACUCAUCAAAUACGUCAUCUACCAGGACGAGCGAGGAAACCAGUGGAGAGUUCAAGCAGUGUCGGUUGCACCAGACAGGUUUGAGAACCGAAAGGCUCUACCUGAGCAAUGGAGAGGACUUAGAGAUGAGGAACUCUCUAAAGCUGCUGAGAUCCCUGGUUGCGUGUUUGUCCACAUGAGCGGCUUUAUCGGCGGAAACCAGUCCUAUGACGGCGCUUUAUCCAUGGCUCGAACUGCUCUCACUCUCUAAUUCAAAGCUUGGUACCAGAAGAAUCCUUUGCCCAUUACCAAUAGAGUGUUUAACGUUCCCUCUUUAUGUAUUGUUUCCAAUUGAGUGAACAUUUCGUGAAUUUCAUUUUCUUCCAUGGCAUCGUAUCUUCAAUAGAUUUUGAUUUCUAGUUUCCUACUUAGUUCAUUAUUUGUAGAAAUAUGAGUUAAUGAUAAUAUGCG